UGCAGUGGUUGGCUGCCUGAUGCGGUGGUGCAGGUUUCAGUGUUACACAGGCCGGGCCCAGUGCUGCAGGUUGUCCGGUAGGGUGCCUGCCGAGCUACAAGCAUGCUGUUGAUGUCAGGAGCAGAGGAGAGGAACGUGAGGAAUGGCUGAAAACUGACGGUGAUCUCCCGCAAUGAAACAAACCCGGACGCAAACGUCCGCUAUGUUUAGCUGAAGACCUGACUGCCCCCCGGACCAGCCUUUCAGCGACGCACUAACAAGCACUGCUAGUGUUUUUCUUCUUCUUUUCUUUUACAGAGGGGGGGGUUAUUUAAUGGGACAGCGAAAACGCAAAAAAAAAAACGCAAGGUACGCUACCGCUCCUGUCGCCAGCAGAGCUACUUUUAUUUUCACGGACUAAUACGACACACGGGUUGAGAAAUGUUUCCCACCAAGGUAAACUGGCCGUCUUCGAAGGCAGUGUUUGUGUUUUGAGCUAGCUAAACGCUUUUGUGGGUACAUUUUUUUUUUGCUUUUCGUUUUCUGUGGUCGGGGUUGUGAAUGUAUGAAGUGUUUGAACCGCUGGGGUUUUGUUUUGAAAAGCGUCGGUUAGGCUUCACCUCUUCAUGGUUCACAACCUACCAAACCACAUGAGAAGAAGACGACGUCCGGAGUAGAUUAAACCGCAAACAAAGGCCCCACUUCUUCCCCCCUCUCCCGUCGCUGCCACCUGAACCGAAGAGGAGAAAAUGCGUGUGGAUCUGUUUUGGGUCUGUUUGUGGUGUUUGCUUCGCCCCGGUGCCACCGGUCAAGGGCAGUCGACGGCCGUUUGUUCGCUCUCAUGCAGCUGCGAUGAAGAUGGGGGUGCAGACUGCUCCGGGAGAGGGCUGACCGCCGUCCCAACCGGGCUCAGUACUUUCACCUACCCUACCUACUACCUUGACCUGAGCAUGAACAACAUCACUGAGCUUCCAGCAUACGUAUUCAAAACCUUCCCCUAUCUCGAAGAACUUCGACUUCCAGGAAAUGACCUGUCGUUCAUCCACCCCGAAGCCUUUUCUGGACUGCAUCAGCUCAAAGUCCUGAUGCUCCAGAAUAAUCAGCUGAAGACAGUGCCAAACUCGGCACUGAAGAACCUUCACUCUCUCCAGUCUCUUCGCCUGGAUGCCAACCAUAUUACAACUGUUCCAGAUGACAGCUUUGAAAGCCUUCAGCAGCUGCGCCACCUCUGGUUGGAUGAUAACAACCUGAUGGAGGUGCCCGUCGGUUCUCUGAGGCACCAGGCGAACCUUCAGGCUCUGACGUUGGCACUUAACCGCAUCCUGUACAUACCAGACAACGCCUUUGCAAACCUCACCAGUUUAGUUGUACUGCAUCUUCACAACAACAGAAUCAACGAGAUAGGAGACAACUGUUUCUCUGGACUUGUAAACCUGGAGACGCUAGAUCUUAACUUCAACAACCUGAAGGUUUUUCCCAAAGCAAUACAGGCCCUCCCCAAACUGAAAGAGCUUGGGUUUCAUAGCAAUGAUAUUGCUUCCAUACCCGAGGGGGCCUUCCACAACAAUCCCCUGCUGAAAACCAUACAUCUUUAUGACAACCCUCUGUCGUUCGUGGGCGCGUCAGCUUUCCAGAACCUGUCCAGCCUGCACUCACUGAUGUUGCGUGGCGCCAGUAUGAUGCAGGACUUCCCCAUCCUUACAUGGACUAACAACCUUGAGAGUCUGACCCUAUCGGGCACCAAGAUAUCAUCCAUACCCACUGAUCUGUGCGAGGACCUCAAAGUGCUGCGAACGCUCGACAUGUCCUACAAUGAGAUAAAACAGUUACCUUCCCUCCAGGGCUGCACCCAGCUGCAGGAGAUAAACUUUCAGCACAAUCAUAUUGAAAAAAUUAACCGAGACACUUUCCAAGGUCUCUCUGCUCUCCGUUUACUAGACCUGAGUAGAAAUGAAAUCCGAGUUAUUCACAGAGAUGCUUUCCUCACCCUCAGGGCGCUCACCAACCUAGACCUGAGUAUGAACUCUCUCACUGGGAUUCCAACAGCUGGACUGAGCGCGCUCAGUCAGCUGAAACUCUCCGGGAACCCGCAGAUGAAAAAUGUGCUAACUGCAAAUAACCUGCCUAAACUCAGGUCCAUUUCUGUCCCUUACGCCUACCAGUGCUGUGCAUUCGUUGGAUGUGACUCAGUAACGACUUCUUUUGAGAAAGAGCACAUGAAGAAAACUGCAGGUGGGGAAGAUGUGGAAAAAAUCUCAAUGGUUAUGCAUUGUUCACCUUCACCAGGAGCUUUCAAGCCUUGUGAACACCUCUUGGGUAACUGGAUGAUCCGUCUGACAGUCUGGUUCAUCUGCCUGGUGUCGCUGGUCUUUAACAGCCUGGUGCUGGUGGCCACCUUCUCUCCCUCACAUCGAGCUGCUGCCCAUUCCCACUGCCCGACCCCGUCUCUUUCUCCAGCCAGGCUGCUGAUGGGGCUGCUGGCUCUGGCCAAUCUGCUUACGGGCUUGUACGUCGGCGUGCUGACUGUGCUCGAUGUUGCUACGUGGGGAUCCUUCGCUGAGUUUGGGGUGUGGUGGGAGAUGGGACCCGGCUGUCAGAUCACAGGAGUUCUGGCCGUCUUCUCGUCAGAGUGGUCAGUCUUGUUGCUGUCGUUGGCAGCCGUGGAGCGCAGUGUGGCCGUGCGGAUGAUUCUUGGGAAGGUCAUGAUGUCGCCCAGGAGGAGUGCCAGCAGCCGUCGCGGGUGCUUAAGAGGAGAUCGACGCUUCAGCCUCGCUGCAGGAUUGCUGGCGCUGCUGGCCGCCGCUGGGGCCUGCCUGCCUCUCGUGACCUCCAGUGAUCAGUCUUCGUCUCCUCUCUGCCUGCCGUUUGCCGGCGGUGAGCGUCCAGCUUUGAGUGUUACGGUCAUUUUGGUGCUGCUCAACGCCGUGGCCUACCUGUUCACCGCAGCUGUGUACACCCAGUUGUACUGCACACUGGGCAGGGUGGAGCUGGCAGAUCCGGAGCAGACGGGUGCCCUGAGACACAUCGCCUGGCUCAUCUUCACCAACUGCAUCUUCUUCUGUCCUGUGGCGGCGUUCUCUUUUGCCCCCCUCCUGACUGGUUCCACAGCUGGUGGCCCGGAGAUUGCCAAGACCGUCACCCUCAUCUUCUUCCCGCUGCCCGCUUGCCUGAACCCAGUGCUGUACGUGUUCUUCAGCCCAGCCUUCAGGGAGGACUGGCUGAGACUACGCAGUCGCAGAAGUUCAACCAGGGAGAUGAAGACCACCACAGAAGGUCACCGAGAUGACAGUGGCGGAGGGUCUGAGCUCACAGACGGGGGCUCCUCCACACACCUAGGCUUUGACUGUGGGAUGUACUCUCAGCUUUGCGGUGAGGUUGUUGUUUGUGAGCAGUGUGAGGCAGCACUGCGUGCCAGGACCUGCUCUUCCCCCUCGUCCUCCACAGUCUGUAGACACUUGGUCAAGUCCCACAGCUGUCCCACCCUCCUGGCUGGAGCUGCGGCAUACCAGCGCUCGGAGGGGUUUUGGGGAGACAGCAGCACGCCGUCUGCACAGUCUGAGUACGCAGACGAGGGGGACUCUUUUGUGUCAGAUAGCUCAGACCAGAUUCAGGCGUGUGGCCGAGCUUGCUUUUGUCAGAGCAGAGGCCUUCCUCUUGUACACUACUCAUACAACAUACCUCGAGUCAAGGACUAAUGACGCAUCUGUGUCAUGUGAACUUGGAUGCUACAAGAAUAAACGUUUUUAUAUCAAACAGCAAAAUGUGCCAACUACCCUACGAUUCAGCAAGCACUUAGUUUCUAAUAACUGUGUUAACAGACACAGCCAAUCAUUUAAAGGGAACUUGGUUUUUUGAACUGAGAAACAGUUUCUAGGAGACCUGAACCAAGAAAGU